GUGUGGUCCUCCACCCCCUAAAACGCAGCUCCGCAGCGCGCCGCUCGCAGUGUGCAGCAGAGGAGGACAGGUGGAGAAGGCACGGCUCUGCUGUGCGCUGUGUCCGGCUCCCUGGCUGCCGUUUCCAGAUCACAAUGAGCCUUUACGGGUCAAACCAGGCGCUCAACUCGGGCCGGAGGGCCAGCUCGAAGAGCAACCUCGCUGGCGGGAUGACCUACCAUUACGCGCGGAGCGAUGUGGCGCACGGAGGCGGUAAUGGAGUCGAGCCCAUAGUGGAAGGAUUUAACAGAUCGGCGACGUUUUCGAGGGCGACGACGUCGAAGGGUAGCAGGAUGAUGAGCAACACCAUGGGGAGCGCCACGAUGGGUGGAAUGAGUGGCUUCAUGCCCAACCCCUCGAGAGCCGUACAGCUGCAGACUCUCUGCAAGGAGUACCUGCAGAAGGCCGACUACGCCAUUCAGGCCGGCUCUGGUGAUGCAGAGGAAUACAUGGUGAUGGCAAAAGAUGCUAUUGAGAGGUUAAAAGCCUUUGCAAUGGAGAUGAAUCAAAUGGGACAACCCACUGACAAUGUAGUCAGGAGCGUGGAGCACUACCAAGACCAGCUGAGAGGGGUCCACAUGGCCAUAUCUGGCACAUCGAUGAGGAGGAGGAGCACCAGAAAGAGCUCUGGAGGCUGGGAAGAGGCUGGAAGGAGCUUCCAUGAUGCUAUUGCUUGGAUCCGUCAGCAAAAGCGUUUGAUUGAAACAACUGCUUUGGCCGACGACCCUCCAUCCAUUGAACAGCAGCUCAUUCACCACCAGAGGUUUCACGGGUCCCUGCAGGGGUCGCCUGAGAUGAUCCGAGCCCGCGAAGACCUGAAAAAGAGUCGGGACAAAGCCAGCCAGCAUGCCCUUGAGCAGGAGUGGGAGAAUUUACAGAAAAUGUCAAAUUUGUGGACUGAGCAGCUGCAAGAGCUGAUCCAAAUACUUCACCAGAUAACCAAUGAGAUUAUAUGGGUGAACGGUAAAGAGGAAGAUGAGCUGAUGUUUGAUUGGGGGGACAAAAAUGUGGAACAGUACAUCCCCAAGAAGCAGGAGAGCUACUCGAAACUGAUGAGUGCCUUGGAGGUGAAAGAGAAGGAGCUGCAUAAACUUAAGGCUAAAGUGAAAACGCUUCUGAACAACAACCACCCAGGAUCUGACAAGAUUGAGGCUUACAUGGACACUUUGCAGACUCAGUGGAGCUGGCUUCUUCAAAUAACAAAAUGCAUUGAUACCCAUCUGAAGGAGAAUGCGGCGUACAGCCAGUUCUUCAGAGAGGCUAACGACACAUACAAGAAUUUGCAAAAGGAACAUGAAACAAUCCGAAAGAAGUUCACUUGUGACAGGAACACCCCGCUGGAAGACCUUCAGGAGCUCCUUAAAGGCCUGGAGAUGGAGAGGAACAACAUCAUGGACAACAAGCGGCAGGUGAAACACUUGACUGCCAACUCAAAGAGUAUUGUGAGGUUGAAACCCCGAAAUCCAGAGGAGAGGAACAGCAGUGGCAUCAUCGUUAAGGCUCUGACUGACUUCAGAGAAGACCAGAAAGCUAUCCUUAAAGACAACGAGGCCAUCCUGAAAGACAACAGUCAGCGCAGUAAAUGGCUGGUAACCGGUCCAGGAGGGAUCGACAUGUUGGUUCCCUCUGUGUGCCUGAUUGUACCACCUCCUAAUCCACUGAGCAUCAGCCUCGCCAACAAGAACGAGCAGUAUUUCGAUUCCAUCAUGUCCAUCUGGAAUCAGCUGUACAUCAACGUUAAGAGUCUCAUCUCCUGGCACUACUGCCUCAGAGAAAUCAAUUACAUCAACUCCCUCACCAUCUCUAUGUUGUCCGAGAUGCGUCCUGAGGAGUACCGUCAACUCAUGAAGAAGCUGGAGACCUUCUAUGAGGAGUUCAAAAUUAGCAGCCAUGGCUCUGAGAUGUUUGUUGAUGAAGACAAGAAGACCAUCGAGAACCAGGUUACUGUGGCCCAGGCCCACUAUGACAAGCUAGUGGUAGAGCUGCCCACAUACACUGGACAUCAGGAACAAAUAGAAGUACAGCAAAUACCUGAGCAACAAGUUCAGCCACAGCUGAUCAUAAUACAACAACAACCCCAACAUCAACUGUUACUACUUCAACAACAGGAACAGCAGCGACAGCAACAAGUACUUCUGCUACAACAGCAGCAAGAAAAACAACAGCAACUACUUCUACUACAACAGCAGCAGCAAGAAAAACAGCAACAACUACUACUGCAACAGCAGCAGCAAGAAAAACAGCAACAACUACUACUGCAACAGCAGGAACAAGAAAAACAGCAACAAUUACUACUACAACAGCAACAAGCUGCAGCAGAGGAGGAGGCCAGAAGGCUGGAGGAAGAGAGACGUCAAGCAGAGCUUAAAAGACAGGCAAAGAAAGAAGUGGCAGAGAAGGAGCAUGUGAUCAAGAAGGAUGUGGUGAAAGUAACAAAAACAGAGCAAAGAAGAAAAGUUUCCUCCUCCUCUUCUACAUUCGUCUCGGCAUCUCGUCUUUUAUCUGAGCUGCAUGGCCUCAGACUGAGGAUGGACACUGCUGAGGGAUCACUCAGUCAGUAUGUUCACAUUUGCUUUGGAGAUGAGGGGGCUAAAGACUGUGGUCUGAAGAUCACUCAUCUAGAGUCAAUACAGGACGAUGUUUCCUCAAUGCGUGAAGAGUAUACACAUUUAAGAGAGCGUAUCUUGAAGGAGAUGGAAACCACUAACGAUUUAGAUAAAGCACAGUUCCUCCGCAAUGAGGUCGCAGUGAUGAGCCAGAAACUGGGCAAUCUGGAGAGCAGCUCAUCUGCUUAUGUACUAAGGUUGCGGGCUCUAAGGGACAUGCUGGAGAGCGUAGCACGAGCUGAAGACAUUGUCAAAGUUCAUGAAGCAAGACUGACAGAAAAAGAGACCACUUCUCUAUCUCCAGCUGAAGUCGGUGAAUACAUAGAGGCCCUGAAGAAUAUGAAAGCAGAGCUGAUGCAGAAACAAGAUGUUCUGACCUCUAUGGAGUCAGAGCUGUCUAAGGCGAGCCACUGGAACAGUCAGAUGGGUGGCUCCUUCCACAGGUGUGACCUGAUGUUGUCAAAGUUCACAGAGCAGGUGGGCUUGCUCUCCGACCGCUGGAGACGAAUCCAGAAACAGAUUGACACCAGGCUGCAGGAUUUGCAGCUGUAUUUGCCUCAAUUGCAGCAGUACAAGCAAGUCUACACUUCUAUCACUGAAUGGAUAGAAGCGACGCGUAGAAAACAGGAUGCACUACAGGCAACCAAGAUAGAGAACGUUCAAGCAGUAAAAGACCACAUUACCAACCAAAAGGUCCUGAACACAGAAAUUAAGGCAAAGCGUGAGACACUAGACAGUGUACUGCAAAACAUACACACAUGUGUGAAUACUAUCAAGGACUAUGAAACAGACCUCGCCUCUUACACCUCUGGGUUGGAAACAUUGCUCAACGUCCCCAUCAAGAGGACAAUGCUUCAGUCACCAUCGAUGGAUCUUAACAAAGAGGCAAUACAUCUUCAAACUCGUUACACGGAGCUGCUUAUUCUGUCUGGUGACUACUACAAAUUCCUGGGGCAGUUGGAAAAAAACAUGGAGGAGCUUAAGAUGCGAAACACCCAGAUAAAUAUGCUUGGAGAUCAACUUCACUCUCUGAGAGAAGAAAUGGAAGCACGCAAUGCCAAAAACAAAUCACUGGAAGAGGCUGUUGCUCAAUUCAAGCUGCAGCUGUCCCAAUCGCAAGAGCAGUUGCUGUCAGUGGAAGAGAUAAAGCAAAAAACUGUGAUACAGUGCAGUGCCACCAAGGACAGCUUAGAUUCCACUCAGGGCGAGCUGGCUACGCUCAAAAGUGAGGUUCAACGCCUUGAGUACAAACUUGAUGACGAGAGAAGGAAGGCAAAACUGACUGAGGAGGGCUACGACAGGCAGAAAAACGAAUGGGAGUCUGUACUGAACCAGAGGCAGAAAGAGCUGGACACAGUCUGCAGGUCCAAGAAGGAUAUGGAAGACAGUUUAGCAAAUAAGGAACAUGAGAUUGAGCAGCUGCGCCAGAAGCUGGCUAAUGAAUCAACAAGGUUGAUGGAUCUUCAAAAAGAGAUGUCAAAGGUAAGGGGCAAUUUCAGUAUGGAGAUCAACAGCUUAAAGCUCAGCUAUGAAUCCCAGAUCCAAAUUAGUCGCACAGACAUCCAGAGGCUUUCUGCCCAGAGGGAUGAGAAUACAGCUGAACUACAGAUGCAAUAUGAAAGAAUGGAGACAGAGAGGAGAAAUCUGGAAGAUGAACUCAGGAGGCUUAGAACUUUUAUCAGUCAGACUGAAGAGCAGAAGAAGAAGGCUGAGGAGGAAUGGUGUAAUCAGCGUGCUAUGCUGAUAGAGGACGGGCACAGGAGGAGAGAGUUAGAAAGUCAAGUGGAGUUGCUAAUGAGGCAGAGAGAUGAAGAAAGAAAUCAAUACAGAGAGGAGUUGGCUGAAAUCCUAAAGACCCUACAGGAGAAGAAUGACCAACUGGUUUAUGUUACUCACAGUUUAGAGGAGGAGACUCGUAGGAGGAAGACAUCAGAGGAGGGACAGGUGGUUUUUGAGCAGUCUUUAGCUCAGCUACAAAUGGAGUUGAACAGUUCUUCAGAGGCUGCAACACAACUGAGGGAGUGCGAGGAGCAGCUUCUUCAAACACGCUUCCAACUGGAAAGAGAGAAAAAGGAGCGGUGUAGGAUGGAGCAAAAUAUGAGCAGUUUGCAGGGACGCAUCAAAGACCUGCAGGGGGUGAGAGAUAGCCUUGAAAGUCAGGUGGAGAAUCUGAGGGAAACACAUCAAGAAGAGUUAGGCAAGAGAAGGCAGGUAGAAGCAGAAUUAGAAAAGACCACUCUGACUAUGACUGAGUACACAAACACCAUCACUGCACUGCGCCAGAGCCAAGAACAGGCCAGUAUAUCUGAAACUAGAGGUGAAAAGGAGUGCAUUCAGCUAAAAGAAAAGCUUGAGAAAACCUUGAGACUAAACCAGGGCUUCUUAGACCAAAAUACUCAGCUACGUGCUGAGGUGAAAACCAUAAAGCAGCAACUUCUGGAGGAACAGGCCCAGGCAAAGGAGGCAAACCUGACAAACGAGAGUCUUUACAAAACUAUUGAGGAGAAGAGUAAGGCUCUCAGUGAGAACUCGGCUGAGCUAAAAAGACUUAAAGAGUUGAUAGAAACACAGACCAAAGAAGAGCUGAGGAUAAAAGAGGAGCUGAGGGCAGUACGACAGGAUAAAGAAGAACUCUUGAAAUCUAAAAAGGGGAUUGACGAUGAACUCUCUUCACAAAUUACUGCCCUGGAACUACAGCUGCAAGCCAGUGAAUGCAGCAAUGCCGAACACCGCAACCUGGUGUCAGAACUGUCCUCUGAACGUGAGAAACUGAAGCUGGAGGCUGAGAAAAUUCAAAAGCAGGUCGCAGAGACACAAACAUCGUUACAGACCCUUCAGUCCAAGUACAGUGAGAUUGUAAGUGAAAAAGAUUCUUUGUCGCUUAAAUUGCAACGGUUUGAAUUUGACAAAGAGCAAAUGCUAAGACUACAGGAAGAAGUGAACCACAUGAAACAUUCCCACGAGUUAGAGCUUCGGAACAAGCAACGUCUACAAGACGACAUUGAGAGAGGCAAGAGAGAUUUGAAUUUUUGGAAGGAUCAAUGUGAUAGCAAACAAAGUUUGAUAAGGCAGUAUGAUACUGACAAGGAUAUUCUCGAGAGGGAUAAGAAAUCCUUAAAAAGUGAGAUAGAGAGGUUGAUGAAAGAACACAGGGAACUUGAGGAAAAAAAUAAGAGUAGACUAUCAGUCCUCCAAAAACAACUGCAAGAUGGGACAAUUGUUAGACAGACCAUGGAGACUGAGCUAAAGCAAACUAGAGAGCCUCCAAUCCCAGAUGCCUCCUCUGUGGUUUUUGAUGGAGUCCGCAAGACAGUCACUGCAAAACAAUUACUUGACUCUGGAGUUUUAGACAAACCAACAUAUAACCAGCUUCUGAAGGGACAUAAGACAGUUCCAGAAGUGUCUGCUGAGAAAAAAGUCCCUCUUAAAGGCACAGGGCCAAUAGCUGGGGUGAUAAUUGAAAGUCCAAAAGGUCCAGGGUCUAGCAAUAAGCCAAUUUGCAAACUGACAUUUAGUGAAGCCAAAAAAGAAAAUCUUCUUCCACCAGAUAGCAUCGACUUACUUCUUGAUGCACAAGCUGCUACAGGGCACAUCAUUGACCCAAGAACCAAUCGGAAGUUAACAGUGAAAGAAGCAUAUAAUCAAGGAGUUAUUGAUGAUGAGGACAAAGAGAGGUUACUUGCAGCAGAAGCGGCAGCUGUUGGAUACGCUGGGCCUGGCAAAAACAAACCGCUGUCAGUGUUUCAGGCAAUGAAACAGGGAGUUAUUGACAAAAAUACAGCAAUGCGUCUGUUACAAGCCCAGGAGUCUGUUGGGGGGAUUUUGGAUCCUAUACUUAGUGUGUUCCUCCCUAGAGACAUUGCCACUGAGCGUAACCUCAUUGAUGAAAGCAUGUGUAAUGCUCUGAAUCAGAGGCCGGAGCUCUAUCUAGACCCAGAAACUGAAGAAGGUGUGACCUAUAUGGCAAUGAAAAGGAGAUGUAAAAUAGAGCCACAUACAGGUCUUUGUCUUCUCCCUAUUCCUGAGAAAGUGGAUCCUUCUAACCUUGUAUUUGAUGGCGUUCGGAAACCUGUUACUGCCAAGCAUCUGUUUGAUUGUCAUGUUCUUGACAAGCCAACAUUUAAAGCUCUUGAAAAUGGAAAGAAAACUGUACCUGAGGUUUCUGAAGACAAAACUGUUAAUUUAAAGGGCACUGGGCCAAUAGCAGGUGUUAUAGUAAGCGGUCAGCGUAAAAUGUCUCUAACUGAAGCAAAAAAACAAAUGCUACUGUCUGAUGAAUGUGCAGAUUUGCUACUUGAAGCACAGGCUGCUACUGGUCACAUAAUUGACCCAAAAGCCAACAAAAAGUUGACUGUUGAAGAGGCUUAUUCAAAAGGAGUAGUGGACAUUAAUGACCUGGACAGAUUAUUGGCAUCAGAAGCUGCAGCAAUUGGUUAUAAGGAUCCUAAUAAACCCAAACCUAUUUCAGUUUUUCAGGCCAUGACAAAGGGACUUAUAGAUGAAAAGACUGGAAUACGACUUCUGCAGGCUCAAGAGUCAGUUGGAGGAAUCCUAGAUCCUAAUUUUAGUGUCUUCCUACCAAGAGACACAGCUAUUAAACGCAAUCUUUUAGAUAAAAAUCUGUGUCAAGCUCUAAACCAGAAACCUGGAUAUUAUGUUGACCCUGAAACAGAGCAACAGGUCAGCUAUCAAGCACUGAAAAAUAGUUGCAAGAUAGAACCACAUACAGGUUUGUUACUUUUACCUAUCCCUGAAAAGUUAGAUCCUUCAAAACUGAUCUUUGAUGGUGUAAGAAAACCUGUAACAGCAAAGCAGUUAUUUGAUUGUGGGGUACUGGACAAACCAACUUUGAACAAACUAAUGAAGGGAGACAAAACUGUUCCAGAGGUAUCUGUGGAUAAAAGGAUAUCCCUAAAAGGAAAAGGAUCCAUUGCUGGUGUCACAAUUGGGUCUUUAGGAAAAAUGAAUGUUUCAGAGGCAAAGAAACGGAUGCUUAUGUCCCCAGAGAGUGCAGAUUUUAUUCUGGAAGCCCAGGCUGCCACAGGUCACAUCAUUGACCCAAUGACCAAUCAGAAAUUGACAGUAGAAGAGGCUUGUGCAAGGGGAGUGGUGGACAGAAGUGAUCAAGACAAACUCUUAGCUGCAGAAGCUGCUGCUGUUGGAUUCAAGGAUCCUCACACUGGAAAAUCUCUAUCAGUGUUUGAGGCGAUGAAGAAGUCAUUAAUUGACAAAAAGACAGGAGUACGUUUGCUGCAGGCCCAAGAAUCUGCAGGGGGUAUUCUUGAUCCAAAUCUAAGUGUUUUCCUGCCAAAAGACACAGCCAUGAAACGCACCCUUUUGGAUGAAGAGCUCUGUCAUGACCUUAACCAGAAUCCCAAGCAUUACCUUGAUCCAGACACAGAGUGGGAUGCUACUUACAGUGAUUUAAAGACAAAAUGUAAAACAGAGCCACAAACUAAUCUGCUGCUUCUGCCACUUACUGAGAGGAAAGAUCCCUCCAAACUGAUGUUUGAUGGUGUUCGCAAACCAGUCUCUGCUCGACAAUUGUUGGAAUGUGGUGUCCUUGACAAACCAACAUUUAACAAGUUGAUCAAAGGGGAGAAAACUGUCCCAGAGGUUUCUUUAGAUAAAAAGAUAUCUCUAAAGGGAAUAGGAUCCAUUGCUGGUGUCAUGGUUGGAUCUUCAGAAAAAAUGUCUAUUUCAGAGGCAAAGAAACGGAUGCUAAUUAGCCCAGAGAGUGCAGAUUUGCUUCUGGAAGCCCAGGCAGCCACAGGUCACAUCAUUGACCCAAUGACCAAUCAGAAAUUGACAGUAGAAGAGGCUUGUGCAAGUGGAGUGGUGGACAGAAGCGAUAAAGACAAACUCUUAGCAGCUGAAGCUGCAGCUGUUGGCUAUAAGGAUCCUCACACUGGAAAAUCUCUAUCAGUGUUUGAGGCGAUGAAGAAGGCAUUAAUUGACAAAAAGACAGGAGUGCGUUUGUUGCAGGCCCAGGAAUCUGCAGGGGGUAUUCUUGAUCCAAAUCUCAGUGUUUUCCUGCGAAAAGACACAGCCAAGACGCACAACCUUUUGGAUGAAGAGCUCUGUCGUGCCCUUAACCUGAAUCCAAAGCAUUACCUUGAUCCAGACACAGAGCGGGAUGCUACUUACAGUGAUUUAAAGACAAAAUGUAAAACAGAGCCACAAACUAAUCUGCUGCUUCUGCCACUUACUGAGAGGAAAGAUCCCUCCAAACUGAUGUUUGAUGGAGUUCGCAAGCCAGUCUCUGCACAGCAAUUAUUAGAAUGCGGUGUCCUUGACAAACCAACAUUUAACAAGUUGAUCAAAGGGGAGAAAACUGUCCCAGAAAUUUCUGUAGAUAAAAAGAUAUCUCUAAAAGGAACUGGACCCAUUGCUGGUGUCAAAGUUGGAUCUUCAGAAAAAAUGUCCAUUUCUGAGGCAAAGAAACGGAUGCUACUGCCCCCAGAGAGUGCAGAUUUGCUUCUGGAAGCCCAGGCUGCCACAGGUCACAUCAUUGACCCAAUGACCAAUCAGAAAUUGACAGUAGAAGAGGCUUGUGCAAGGGGAGUGGUGGACAGAAGCGAUAAAGACAAACUCUUAGCAGCUGAAGCUGCAGCUGUUGGCUAUAAGGAUCCUCACACUGGAAAAUCUCUAUCAGUGUUUGAGGCGAUGAAGAAGGCAUUAAUUGACAAAAAGACAGGAGUGCGUUUGUUGCAGGCCCAGGAAUCUGCAGGGGGUAUUCUUGAUCCAAAUCUCAGUGUUUUCCUGCCAAAAGACACAGCCAAGACGCACAACCUUUUGGAUGAAGAGCUCUGUCGUGCCCUUAACCUGUAUCCAAAGCAUUACCUUGAUCCAGACACAGAGCGGGAUGCUACUUACAAUGAUUUAAAGACAAAAUGUAAAACAGAGCCACAAACUAAUCUGCUGCUUCUGCCACUUACUGAGAGGAAAGAUCCCUCCAAGCUGAUGUUUGAUGGAGUUCGCAAGCCAGUCUCUGCACAGCAAUUAUUAGAAUGCGGUGUCCUUGACAAACCAACAUUUAACAAGUUGAUCAAAGGGGAGAAAACUGUCCCAGAAAUUUCUGUAGAUAAAAAGAUAUCUCUAAAAGGAACAGGACCCAUUGCUGGUGUUAAAGUUGGAUUUUCAGAAAAAAUGUCUAUUUCAGAGGCAAAGAAGCGGAUGCUAAUUAGCCCAGAGAGUGCAGAUUUGCUUCUGGAAGCCCAGGCUGCCACAGGUCACAUCAUUGACCCAAUAUCCAAUCAGAAAUUGACAGUAGAAGAGGCUUGUUCAAGGGGAGUGGUGGACCGAAAUAAUCGAGAUAAACUCUUAGCAGCAGAAUCUGCAGCUGUUGGAUUCAAGGAUCCUCACACUGGAAAAUCUCUAUCAGUGUUUGAGGCGAUGAAGAAGGCAUUAAUCGACAAAAAGACAGGAGUGCGUUUGUUGCAGGCCCAGGAAUCUGCAGGGGGUAUUCUUGAUCCAAAUCUCAGUGUUUUCCUGCCAAAAGACAUAGCCAAGACGCGCAACCUUUUGGAUGAAGAGCUCUGUCGUGCCCUUUACCUGAAUCCAAAGCAAUACAUUGAUCCAGACACAGAGCGGGAUGCUACUUACAAUGAUUUAAAGACAAAAUGUAAAACAGAGCCACAAACUAAUCUGCUGCUUCUGCCACUUACUGAGAGGAAAGAUCCCACCAAACUGAUGUUUGAUGGUGUUCGCAAACCAGUCUCUGCACAGCAAUUAUUAGAAUGUGGUGUCCUUGACAAACCAAUAUUUAACAAGUUGAUCAACAGGGAGAAAACUGUCCCAGAAGUUUCUGUAGAUAAAAAGAUAUCUCUAAAAGGAACAGGACCCAUUGCUGGUGUCAAAGUUGGAUCUUCAGAAAAAAUGUCCAUUUCUGAGGCAAAGAAACGGAUGCUACUGCCCCCAGAGAGUGCAGAUUUGCUUCUGGAAGCCCAGGCAGCCACAGGUCACAUCAUUGACCCAAUGACCAAUCAGAAAUUGACAGUAGAAGAGGCUUGUGCAAGGGGAGUGGUGGACAGAAGUGAUCAAGACAAACUCUUAGCAGCUCAAGCUGCAGCUGUUGGUUAUAGGGAUCCUCACACUGGAAAAUCUCUAUCAGUGUUUGAGGCGAUGAAGAAGGCAUUAAUUGACAAAAAGACAGGAGUGCGUUUGUUGCAGGCCCAGGAAUCUGCAGGGGGUAUUCUUGAUCCAAAUCUCAGUGUUUUCCUGCCAAAAGACACAGCCAAGACGCGCAACCUUUUGGAUGAAGAGCUCUGUCGUGCCCUUAGCCUGAAUCCAAAGCAUUACCUUGAUCCAGACACAGAGCGGGAUACUACUUACAAUGAUUUAAAGACAAAAUGUAAAACAGAGCUACAAACUAAUCUGCUGCUUCUGCCACUUACUGAGAGGAAAGAUCCCUCCAAGCUGAUGUUUGAUGGCGUCCACAAGCCAGUCUCUGCACAGCAAUUAUUAGAAUGUGGUGUCCUUGACAAACCAACAUUUAACAAGUUGAUCAAAGGGGAGAAAACUGUCCCAGAAGUUUCUGUAGAUAAAAAGAUAUCUCUAAAAGGAACAGGACCCAUUGCUGGUGUCAAAGUUGGAUCUUCAAAAAAAAUGUCCAUUUCUGAGGCAAAGAAACGGAUGCUACUGCCCCCAGAGAGUGCAGAUUUGCUUCUGGAAGCCCAGGCUGCCACAGGUCACAUCAUUGACCCAAUGACCAAUCAGAAAUUGACAGUAGAAGAGGCUUGUUCAAGGGGAGUGGUGGACAGAAGCGAUAAAGACAAACUCUUAGCAGCUGAAGCUGCAGCUGUUGGCUAUAAGGAUCCUCACACUGGAAAAUCUCUAUCAGUGUUUGAGGCGAUGAAGAAGGCAUUAAUUGACAAAAAGACAGGAGUGCGUUUGUUGCAGGCCCAGGAAUCUGCAGGGGGUAUUCUUGAUCCAAAUCUCAGUGUUUUCCUGCCAAAAGACACAGCCAAGAUGCGCAACCUUUUGGAUGAAGAGCUCUGUCGUGUCCUUAACCUGAACCCCAAGCAUUACAUUGAUCCAGACACAGAGCGGGAUGCUACUUACAAUGAUUUAAAGACAAAAUGUAAAACAGAGCCACAAACCGGUCUGCUGCUUCUGCCACUUACUGAGAGGAAAGAUCCCUCCAAACUGAUGUUUGAUGGUGUUCGCAAACCAGUCUCUGCACAGCAAUUAUUAGAAUGUGGUGUCCUUGACAAACCAACAUUUAACAAGUUGAUCAAAGGGGAGAAAACUGUCCCAGAAGUUUCUGUAGAUAAAAAGAUAUCUCUAAAAGGAACAGGACCCAUUGCUGGUGUUAAAGUUGGAUCUUCAGAAAAAAUGUCCAUUUCAGAGGCAAAGAAACGGAUACUAAUUAGCCCAGAGAGUGCAGAUUUGCUUCUGGAAGCCCAGGCAGCCACAGGUCACAUCAUUGACCCAAUGACCAAUCAGAAAUUGACAGUAGAAGAGGCUUGUGCAAGGGGAGUGGUGGACAGAAGCGAUAAAGACAAACUCUUAGCAGCAGAAUCUGCAUCUGUUGGAUUCAAGGAUCCUCACACAGGAAAAUCUCUAUCAGUGUUUGAGGCGAUGAAGAAGGCAUUAAUUGACAAAAAGACAGGAUUGCGUUUGUUGCAGGCCCAGGAAUCUGCAGGGGGCAUUCUUGAUCCAAAUCUCAGUGUUUUCCUGUCAAAAGAAACUGCUGUGAAAUGCAGCCUUUUGGAUCAAGACCUUGUUCAGGCACUCACACAGAACUCUCUAUCUUAUAUUGACCCAGAUACAGAGCAUAGUGUUAGCUACGGUGCUUUAAAGAAAAAAUGUCUAAUAGAACCUCGAACUGGACUGGUGCUUAUUUCUCUUGCUGAGAAGAAAGAUCCCUCCAAGCUGUUGUUUGAUGGUAUCCGCAAGCCAGUCUCUGCGCAGCAAUUAUUGGAAUGUGGCGUCCUUGACAAACCAACAUUUGAGAAGUUGAUCAAAGGGGAGAAAACUGUUCCAGAGGUUUCUGUAGACAAAAAAGUAUUUCUAAAAGGAACAGGAUCCAUUGCUGGUGUUACAGUUGGGUGUUUCGGAAGAAUGUCAAUUUCAGAUGCCAAGAAAAAGAUGCUGAUGCCCCCACAGAGUGCAAAUUUUCUUCUGGAGGCCCAGGCUGCCACAGGUCACAUCACUGACAUAAAAUCCAAUCGGAGAUUGACAGUAGAAGAGGCUUGUGCAAGGGGAGUGGUGGAAAGAAGUGAUAGAGAUAAACUCUUAGAAGCAGAAGCUGCUGCUGUUGGCUAUAAGGAUCCUCACACAGGACAAUCUCUAUCUGUCUGUGAGGCAAUAAAGAAGGGAUUAACUGACAAAGAGAUUGGGGUUCGAUUACUGCAGGCCCAGGAAUCUGCAGGGGGAAUUCUUGACCCGAAUCUCAGUAUUUUCCUCCCGAGAGAAACUGCUCUGAAGCGUAACCUUUUGGAUGAAGACCUAGUUCAUGCACUUAAACAGAACCCUGAGUGCUACAUUGACCCUGAAACAGAGUGUGGUGCAAGCUAUGGGUCUUUAAAGAAAAAAUGCACAAUAGAGUCUCAAACUGGUCUGAUGCUUCUGCCAUUUGCUGAGAAGAAAGAUCCCACCAAACUGCUGUUUGAUGGCUUACGCAAGCCAGUCUCUGCGCAACAAUUAUUGGAAUGUGGCGUUCUUGACAAACCAACAUUUGAGAAGUUGAUCAAAGGGGAGAAAACUGUCCCGGAGGUUUCUGCAGAGAAAAAACUAUUUCUAAAAGGAACAGCGUCUAUUGCUGGUGUCACAGUCGGAUCCUUAGGGAAAAUGUCCAUUUCAGAGGCCAAGAAAAAGAUGCUAAUGCCUCCAGAAAGUGCAGAUUUGUUGCUGGAAGCCCAGGCUGCCACAGGUCAUAUCAUUGACCCAAUAACCAAUCAGAAAUUGACAGUAGAAGAGGCUUGUGCAAGGGGAGUGGUGGACAGAAGUAUUCGAGAUAAACUCUUAGCAGCAGAAUCUGCUGCUGUUGGAUUCAAGGAUCCUCACACAGGAAAAUCUCUAUCAGCAUUUGAGGCAAUGAAGAAGGCAGUAAUUGACAAAAAGACAGGAGUACGUUUGCUGCAGGCCCAGGAAUCUGCGGGGGGCAUUCUUGAUCCAAAUCUCAGUAUUUUCCUCCCUACUGAAACUGCUCUGAAACGCAACCUUUUGGAUCAAGACCUUGUUCAUGCACUUAAACAGAAUCCUGAAUGUUACAUUGACCCAGAAACAGAGCGUGGUGCGAGCUAUGGGUCUUUAAAGAAAAAAUCCCCAAUUGAGCCUCGAACUGGUCUGAUGCUUCUUUCUCUUGCUGAGAAGAAAGAUCCCUCCAAACUGAUGUUUGAUGGCUUACGCAAGCCAGUCUCAGCACAGCAGUUGUUGGAUUGUGGUGUUCUUGACCAAACGACAUUUAACAUGUUGAUCAAAGGAGAGAAAACUAUCCCAGAGGUAUCUGCAUAUAAGAACGUUAAUCUUAAAGGGACUGGUUCCAUUGCUGGUGUAAGUAGUAGCAGUCAAGGCAACAUUUCUUUUUCAGAAGCUAAGAAACUGAAGAUCAUAUCAGAAGACAGUGCAAAUUUACUCUUAGAGGCCCAGGCUGCCACGGGUCACAUCAUUGACCCUAAAACACAGCAGAAAUUGACUGUAGAGGUGGCAUGUAUCAGAGGAGUGGUGGAUUUUAAAGACCAAAGUAGGUUGUUAGCAGCUGAAAGUGCUGCCAUUGGUUUUAAAGAUCCUAGUUCAGGAAAGUUAAUGUCAUUGUUUGAGGCCAUGAAAAAAGGUUUGAUUGGUGAGACAACUGGCCUACAUCUUUUACAGGCCCAAGAUUCAGUUGGAGGAAUUUUAGACCCCAAUCUUAGUGUAUUUCUACCUAAAGAUGUAGCUUUAAAGCGAAACUUGUUAGAUGAAAAACUCAUUCAUGCUCUUAAACAGAAUCCUCCUUGUUAUCUAGACCCAGAAACUGAACACAAUGUCAGCUAUGGGGCUCUGAAGGCAAAAUGUAACACAAACACUCACACUGGUUUACAUAUUUUGCCAUUGUCAGGGAAGCUUGACCCCUCCAAAUUAUUUUUUGAUGGUAUACACAAGACAGUCACAGCACAGCAGCUCCUAGAUUGUGGAGUUCUGGACAAACAAACAUUUGACCAACUAAUGAAAGGAAAGAGAACUGUUUCAGAGGUUUCUGUAGAUAUUAAAAUGUUUUUAAAAGGGACAGGAUUAAUUGCUGGUGUAGCUGCUGGGCCUCUUGGAAAAAUGUCCUUCACAGAAGCAAAAAACCAGAAAAUCAUAUCAUCUGAGAGUGCUAACAAACUUCUUCUUGCCCAGGCAGCUACAGGUCACAUCAUUGACCCCAGGACAAAUAAGAAAUAUACAGUAAAAGAAGCAUGUGCCAGAGAACUAGUAGACAAAGAAGAUGAAACAAUAUUGUUUUCAGCUGAAACUGCUGCUAUUGGGUAUCAAGAUCCAGAUACUGCCAAAUUUCUGUCAGCUGGCCAAGCCAUGAGAAAGGGAAUAAUUAACAAAGACACUGCACUACAACUCCUUCAGGCUCAGGACUCUGUUGGUGGAAUUUUGGACCCUAGUCUCAGUGUUUUCUUACCCAAAGACAUUGCAAUGAAACAAGGUCUUAUUGAUGAGGAUCUCUAUCAGGCACUGACUAAGUCUCCCAAGUGCUAUCUAGACCCAGAUACUCAACAACCAACUACAUAUGCAUCACUGAAGACAAAAUGCAAAUCUGAUCCCAGCACUGGACUUUUGCUUCUCCCUAAACCUAAACAAUCAACUAUAAGGGGACUUCGACACGAGGUGUCUGUCAUAGACCUGAUUGAUGCAAAGUUGCUAAGCAAAUCAGAUGUGGACCAGCUGAACGCAGGUAAACUUACAACCCAAGACAUUGAGGAUCGCCUUAGGUCAUACUUGGGAGGUUCCACUUGCAUAGCAGGAGUUUAUGAUGAAGCCAGUAAUAAAGUCCUAUCAAUCUAUCAAGCUAUGAAGAAUGGACUUCUGCGACCUGGCACUACUCUAGAACUACUUGAAGCCCAAGCUGCAUCAGGUUUUAUGAUUGAUCCUGUCAAUAAUCUCUUUCUGACUGUUGCUGAAGCCUACAAUAGAAGGCUUUUUGGGCCAGAAUUUAAGGAAAAACUGCUUGCAGCAGAAAAGGCUGUUACCGGUUACAAAAUGCCUGUAACAGGUGAGAUAAUCUCACUCUUUCAGGCCAUAGAAAAUUGUCUAGUGGAGAAGGGUCAUGGCAUUCGUUUGCUGGAGGCCCAGAUUGCCAGUGGAGGCAUCAUUGAUCCCCAACACAGCCACCGUAUUGAUGUGAAUGUUGCAUAUCAAAGAGGCUAUUUUAAUGAAGAAAUGAAUAAGAUCCUGACUGAUGAGAGUGAUGACACUAAAGGCUUCUUUGAUCCAAACACACAGGAAAACCUAACAUAUCUGGAACUUAAAAAACAUUGUAUCUCAGAUAAGAACACUGGGCUUAUUUUGUUGCCAAUCAUAGACAAGAAGAAGCAGGAGUCAAGCAAAAAGAACACUGUAAGAAAGAGGAGAGUGAUAAUUGUGGAUCCAGAGACUGAUAAAGAGAUGACAGUACGUGAAGCAUACAACAAAGGGUAUAUUGACUAUGACACCUACCUGGAGCUGUCAGAGCAGGAAUGUGAGUGGGAAGAGAUUACUAUCACUGCUCCAGAUGGCUCCAUACGGUUUGUUAUCAAUGACAGGUCAACUGGAAGACAAUAUGACAUUACUGACCUGCUAGAAAAGCGAGUCAUUGAUCAGUCUGUCGUGGAGCAAUAUCGCUCACAAGCUAUCACCAUCACUCAAUUUGCAGAUAUCAUCAGUAAUCAGGCUACACACAAAUCAUCUUCAUCAUUAUCAUCAUCAUCUGUAUCAUCAUCAAACUUAAUCCCAGAACCAUCAGGAAGAUCAUUAGUUACAUCAUCAUCACUGUCAUCAAUGCUAUCCACUUCAGGAACUUCAGCUUCUUUAAGCUCAUCUUCAGUAACAUCAUCAACCUCAAAAACAUCAGUAGUCCCUGUUCCAUCGAUUACGUCAUCUUCCUCAUCUUCUUCUUCAUCAACUGUUGUAUCGAGACCGUUAUCUCCUACAUUCACCAAAACAACUACAACAAAAACUACCACAAUCAUACAGAAACGCUCAUCAUCCAGCAUUGUCGCUGAAAAAUGUUCAGACUCCCUGAAGCAGGAAUCCCAUGUAUCGAUCACUCUGUCCCCUCCUCUUGAACCAGUUGGUGAGGUGGAGCCUGUAGGAGCCGUUUUUGACACAGAGGCAGUAGAGAAGGUUUCUAUCACAGAGGCUUUAAAUCGGGGUCUAGUAGAUUCUAUCACAGCCCAGAGAUUGCUUGAGGCCCAAGCUUGCACUGGAGGAAUUGUGAAUCCCACAGAUGGCAAGAGGGUUAGCAUACAAGAGGCUUCCCAAAUGGGUUUAAUAGCUAAUGACAUGGUCACUAAACUAAAACCCGCCCAGAAAGCCUAUUUUGGUUUUGAGGAUAUAAAAACCAAAAGGAAGCUAUCAGCUGCUCUGGCCAUAAAGGAAAUGUGGCUACCAUAUGAGGCAGGGCAGAGAUUUCUGGAGUUCCAGGUUGCAACAGGGGGGCUUUAUGACCCAGAAAAGGGCUGUAGAAGAAGCAUUGAGGAUGCUUUGAAAAUGGGUUGGCUGGAUCUAAGAGCGGCACAAAAGCUCCAAGAUGUCAAAAACCAUACAAAAAAUUUGACAUGUCCCAAAAGCAAACUUAGAAUUUCUUACAAAGAAGUCCUUGAUAACUGUCUAGUUGAAGAGGGUACUGGGGUGAAAAUGCUUCAGGCAUCAUCUGUAUCUUCUAGAGGUAUCAGCAGUCCAUACAAUGUUGCUUCAGCCCCAGGAUCCAAGACAGGAUCCAGAAGUGGUUCACAAAGGGGCUCCCGCAGAAGCAGUUUGGAUAUGGGUUCAUCAUUAACACAAUAUAAUUUUACUAGCUUUUCCUCUACCAGAUAAAUCCAUAAAAUGCAAAGGCCUUUACAUUCAUCCACUUUUCUUGCAAAUUAAGUAAUCGUUUUUACAAUAUUGUCAGUGUGUGGGAAUUUUCUAAAUAUUUUCUCUCUGUGCAGUAGAAAUGUUUUUAGUUCUUUUUUUGCAUUUGGUUUUACUUUGCCUUUGGAGCUUCAAGUAAAAGAUAUGAAGAACACACAUGGACAGAUUUAUGACAAUCAACAAAAGUAUUAACAGCCACCUUAAGGUAUUUGGAGAGGAAAUAAAUGUGAUAUGGUGAUUAUUGGUGACCUUAAAAUAAUUUUUAAAGUUAUUGCCAUAUUUGUUUUUGCAUGCUCUGUUUCAAAAAUGUUAUUUUCCAAAGUUUCAUGGAAUAUGGCUAUCCUCUCAAUUUGAAAUAUUACUAUAUUCAGCUUUUGUUUCAUGAAUCAUCAAAAUAUGAUCUAUGUUUGUUUUAUGGGGUAUGUUUGUUGACAUUAUUGGUUUAAUGGUUUUGUUUUACUGAGCAAUUUUUUAAAGGAUUCUGUUUUCUGAUUACCACUAUAUGUACUGUUUAAUUUGUUACCAUCAUUUAUUAAAGAAGAGUUUGUACUCUUGUGGAUUUGAAACUA